CUAUGAGGGGUAGUCACAGCCCGCUUGCGGCACCUCGGUGGCGGCCUCCACCUUCCUCGCGUUGCUGAAGGGUCUUGCACUAGCUUCCGGACCUUGAAAGGGCCCAAAGCAGUGAAACAUCAGGGACCAGGGCUGCAAAUACCCUUGGGACCUUUGUCCAAGAGACAGGCUCUUCCCUUUCAGUAGUCUUAUGGCCUCUAGCCUGCUUUUAAACUGUUCUUUUUACCCCUGUUAUCCCCUCCUCCCGACUCUCAACUCAGUACCUCUCUGGCCUUAAGGAGAGGAAACACGCAAGAUGAGGUACGCAAACGAGUGUUGGAUAACCAGAUGAGAAAACUGAGGUCAGAAAGAUAAACUGAGAAGCCUGUUUUGGAAGAGAAGUGCAAGUAUGUGAUAUCCAGAAUGCCUGUUCUCCGUCUAUACCUGGGAAGGCUUAUCAGGUUUGAGGACCUAACUGAAAUGUGAUUUCCUUCAUCCGAUUGCAUUGUCAUUCCAGGCAGAUGUGAUGAAAAGAAAAAGGCCUGGGGAUCCAGACAAACAUGGCUUCACAGCCUGGAUCCACAGCUAUUAGAGAACCCGGAGCUUCAUCGCACCAUGUGCGGCAUUUGGGCACUCUUUGGCAGCGAUGACUGCCUUUCUGUUCAGUGUCUGAGUGCUAUGAAGAUUGCACACAGGGGUCCGGAUGCAUUCCGUUUUGAAAAUGUUAAUGGGUACACCAAUUGCUGCUUUGGAUUUCACCGGUUGGCGGUGGUUGACCAGCUGUUUGGAAUGCAGCCAAUUCGAGUGAAGAAAUAUCCUUACUUGUGGCUCUGUUACAACGGUGAAAUCUACAACCACAAGAAGCUGCAACACCAUUUUGAAUUUGAAUACCAGACCAAAGUGGAUGGUGAAAUAAUCCUUCAUCUCUAUGACAAAGGAGGAAUUGAACAAACAGUUUGUAUGCUGGAUGGAGUAUUUGCGUUUAUUUUGCUGGAUACUGCCAAUAAGAAAGUGUUCUUGGGCAGAGAUACCUACGGAGUGCGACCUUUGUUUAAAGCCAUGACAGAAGAUGGGUUUUUGGCCGUGUGUUCAGAAGCUAAAGGACUUGUUAACUUGAAGCACUCCAUGACUCCUUUUUUAAAAGUGGAGCCUUUUUCGCCAGGACAUUAUGAAGUUUUGGACUUAAAGCCAAAUGGCAAAGUAGCAUCGGUGGAAAUGGUGAAAUACCAUCACUGUAGAGACGAGCCUCUGCAUGCCCUGUAUGACAACGUGGAGAAACUCUUCCCAGGUUUUGAGAUAGAAACUGUGAAGAGCAACCUCCGGAUUCUUUUCGACAAUGCCGUUAAGAAACGUUUGAUGACGGACAGAAGGAUUGGCUGCCUUUUAUCAGGUGGCUUGGAUUCCAGUUUGGUUGCUGCCACUCUAUUGAAGCAGCUAAAAGAGGCCCAAGUACAGUACCCUCUCCAGACAUUUGCGAUUGGCAUGGAAGACAGUCCCGAUUUACUAGCUGCUAGAAAGGUGGCAAAUCAUAUUGGGAGCGAACACCAUGAAGUCCUCUUUAACUCUGAGGAAGGCAUUCAGGUCCUGGAUGAAGUCAUAUUUUCCUUGGAAACUUAUGAUAUUACAACAGUCCGUGCUUCAGUAGGUAUGUACUUAAUUUCUAAGUACAUUCGGAAGAACACAGAUAGCGUGGUGAUCUUCUCUGGAGAAGGUUCAGAUGAACUUACGCAGGGUUAUAUAUAUUUUCACAAGGCUCCUUCCCCGGAGAAAGCUGAGGAGGAGAGUGAGCGGCUUCUAAGGGAACUCUACUUGUUUGAUGUUCUCCGAGCAGAUCGAACUACUGCGGCCCAUGGCCUUGAAUUGAGAGUCCCUUUCUUGGAUCAUCGCUUUUCUUCCUACUACUUGUCUCUGCCACCAGAUAUGAGAGUUCCCAAGAAUGGGAUAGAAAAGCAUCUCCUGAGAGAGACAUUUGAGGACUCCAAUCUGAUACCUAAAGAGAUUCUCUGGCGACCAAAAGAAGCCUUCAGUGAUGGAAUAACCUCAGUUAAAAAUUCCUGGUUUAGGAUUUUACAGGACUAUAUUGAACAUCAGGUUGAUGACGCAGCGAUGGCAAGCGCAGCCCAGAAAUUUCCCAUCAACACCCCCAAAACAAAAGAAGGCUAUUACUACCGUCAGAUCUUUGAAAACCACUACCCGGGUCGUGCCGACUGGCUGCCCCAUUACUGGAUGCCCAGGUGGACCAGCGCCACGGACCCUUCUGCCCGCACUCUGACCCACUACAAGGCCGCUGCCAAAGCUUAGGCACUCACUGAGCCCUGGAGUCAAAGUAAUCAUUUCUCCUCCUUGUGAAGGGUAGGGGUCUUGAGGAUAGGAAGUGCAAAAUAAAAGUCUUAAAUCCGA